AUGGCAUAUGAGUCCAUAGUUCUGAAUACAAAUGAUGGCAGUGUUUCGGAUGAAAACAUUCAUAAUCUAAAGGAAACUAAUUACCGUGUGUAUCGGACAAGAUGGAUCGUUGUUAUUAUCUUCGCACUACUUAGUUGUAUGAAUGCUUACUUAUGGAUAUCAUUUUCUCCAGUGGCCAAUUACUUCGCCGAGUUUUAUUCAACAAGUUAUCUUAUUCUCAAUCUUGUUUCUCUCAUAUUUCCAUUAAUUACUGUCAUCCUCGGGAUUCCGAUUGCUUAUAGUAUAGAUUACUUAGGAAUUCGUCCCAUUAUUUGGGGCACAGCUACUUGCAAUUUAAUAUGUGGUUGUUUGCGUGCUGUGAGCAGUACGUCAUAUUUCAACAUUUCAUCUUCAGCGCGUCUUGCCCUAUUCAUCUUAGGACAAGUAAUAGCAUCUUUUGGUCAACCUUUUUGCUUGUUUUCUACAACAAGUCUUGCAACUAGUUGGUUCCCAGACAAUCAACGUACUACUGGUAACACUAUAGCAUCUCUUGGUAAUGCACUAGGUAUAAUGUUCUGUAAUGCAUUCGCUCCUAAUUAUGUUAAAAAGUCUUCUGAUAUCGUUAGUUUCAAUUACAUCACUCUCGGAAUAGUUAUCAUUCUGUUCUUGCUAUCCAUUACUUUAGUUCGCAAAAGCGAACCUCCUACACCACCUUCUCAUGUUGCUACCUUAGUAAAAACCAGGUACCGUGCCUCCGAAAGUAGAAACUUUCUCUCAUUAAACCCUUUGCUAAGCUUCAUUAACAGUUUUAUUCCACUCCUAAAGUUGUAUGGAUUUUGGAUUAUUAUGCUUACUUUUGGCAGCUGUAUCGGAUACUUCACAGUUCUGUCAACUUUUUUACAACAAAUGCUUUGCACUAAAGGUUACUCCAACCAGUUUGCUGGGCUCUGCGGGUUAAUUAUGAUAAUUGCUGGUUUGAUAGCAUCUGGCCCCUUUGCUGUAUUCGUGGACAGGACAGGAUUCCUUAUAGAAACACUAAAGAUUACAUUUAUACUAAGUGUACUGGGUUGUGUUGGUCUUAGUAUUGUAUUAUGGUUUUCGUAUCAACAAGUUGCCACCACCUUUUGCUUGAUUUGUCUUGGUGGCUUCGGAUUCGCACAGUAUUCUCUCUCUUUGGAAAUGGCUGCUGAGGCUGCUUACCCAGUAUCUGAGUCAGUGACAACCAGUUUACUUAUCAUUUCGUCUCAACUAAUCGCUUUCAUCAUGCUGCCAGUUAUGCAAUUUUCCGCUCCCCUGGCAGGAAAUUCAACAAGCAUAACCUCUACUUGUGGUCCGGAAGAAAUGAUUCAGGUAAUGAAAUUUUGA